AUGCCUGGCGUGGACUGCAGCAAGCAGCCGGUCUGGCUCACGCAACCGCUGUGCGGCGCAGCUCUUGUCAAACAAGAAAAUGUGGAAGAUGUUGAUGUGAAGCAGCAACAGAACGGGGAUGUGAAGGAUGAGGAACAAGGAGAGGACGACAACGACGGUACUAACUAAGUGGAUCUUGUUUCUCAGUUUCAUUUAUACUUCUGACAUAUCGAGAUCGACGUUGAGUUGACUGCAACUACUGCAUCAUACAUAAGUGAUACGAAUGCAGAGCAACGCUGCCAACAUAUAAAUAUUAUUUCGAUUUUUCUGCAAUAUUCUCAUCUCAAACAAACCAGGAUCCAUGACCUCGUUCGACGAAGGGGAAAAUGAACAGUGCCGGUUCAAACACCUCCGUCCGUGCCCGGGCUGCUCCUGGAAAUCGGAGUCGCGCGAGGCGAAGCCGAAGCUGCUCAGUGCCAGUGGGGAGCCGUUGUUCGAAGAGAACACGCCGAUCUGUUGGAAGCUGUUCUGUCCGCGGUGGAAACCGUUCGGUCCGGGAGUGAAGGGAGAUAGUGAUAAUGCCUCGAGCGAAGUUGCAGCGACACAAACAAGCGCACAGUCCGUGGGUGUCCAGCAGGAGAAGCAGAAAGUAGGAGGUGGAGCCGCGGAGACCGACAAGACCAGCAUGUGUGAAGAUAAAGCCGACCAGGUGGACCAAGAUCAUGUAGCGCCCGAGCAUGAUCAAGAACGGGAUCGCUGUGAAGAUUGUAGGCGUACUAGUUCAACAAUAAGUCGAGCAUUCUGCUCGAAGGCGGGAGUAGCGGCAACUGCUGCGACGGACGAGAAUCAUGACUACCCUGUUGUCAAUGCCGCUGCGUGCGCGAAGAUGAACCUUCCGGAAGAGAUAGCUGCUGAUACUACUGCGGAAGGUGAAGGACGCGCACCCGGCGAUGAAGAAGAAAACAGCGGUCGUACUACAAGAACUAGUCGAGUUGCAUCUCCUGCUGCGCCGGCAGACCACGACGCGGACGACGAGGGGUUGAUGCCUUGGACGGUCGUUAGCAUACAGAGGGAUGAAUUUCCAGUGAAUUUGUAUUGCAUGACUUGCAUUUACUUCAAAAGAGAAGUGCGCUGCGUAAAGGGCUGGACACGAGCCCAAGCAGCUCACGCAGCGUGAAGGGCUGCUCGGCGCCAGGUGGCACUUGCAGCACCGAAAGAAGUAGUGGUAGGUCUUGAUGGGGCCCGCCGCCCGGACUGUGUAGUGCAUAUGUAACCAAAGAGGGUGGGUUGUGGGGCUCUUGUUCAUCUGCGCGUCUGCCUCAGAAGUUCCUCUCCGGAAUGGUCGAAAGGGAGGGCGACGCCUGAACACAGGGGCACUAGUUCAACGCGUGCGCUCUCAUGAGCUGUGAUCGUGGCUUAAAAUAAUUGGAUAUCUGGGAGUAGCCUCGCGUGGAAGGGAAGUCGCGACUCGGUCGCGGGCACUAGCUUGCUUCGCCUGCUGUGCUCGGCUUACAGCUCCCCAGGUGUGUUUUUGCCUCCGGAGCAAGUCUCUUUCGACGUGGCUCCUAGGUCAAGAAUUCUCUUGGUGAAUUUUGCGGCUUGUUGUUUUUGCGACACUUCUUUGAAGCCCCAAAACCCGGAGUUUCUCGCGCGCUAGCGAAUUUUGAACAGGAGCCGGAGGACAAAACUCACCGGCGCCCUUUUCAAAAUUCACCCCAAAAGUCACCGAGCGCCACUUUUCGACCGUGAUAAGCAAAGUUUAGCGCAGAAAAGUGCUCAAGAAAGUCCGCAAAUAGGCCCUGGGAAGUGGGGCCGAGGGGAAAAGACAGGCGCCCUCUGUUGCCCUCAGCCCAGCUAUAUUCUGCCGAAAAGGCCGGGAGAGUUCACGCGCCUGCCGGAUAGACGCGUCAAAGCUCCCGGUCUGGUCAUUUCACCCUUGCCUUCGCGCCUUCAUCUUGCCUAAACUGUAUGUGCUUCGCGGCUCUUGUUUUUGGCGUCUUUGCCGCGGGUGCUGCAGUGCUUGCUCUUUUGCAAGCACAGGAAGACGAAAAGACAUGGCCAAAGAACGACGCCCAGGCCAUGUCCAGCUGCCCGCGCGCCGCAUAACCUGCAAGUUCCUUCUGCGGUGUGCAGAGCGCUCUUCCCAGAAGGGCGAGAGGGACAAUGUCCCGGCAGUCUCCUCUGCUAUUUGUCAUGCAAAAUUCACUAGAGACUCACCACGUCUCAUGCUAACGCGUGUUAAAGCUCUAACUGCUGCGCCGGCAGACCACGACGCGGACGACGAGGGGUUGAUGGUUCAGGAGGAAGAUGGAGCUGCUCCUGCUGCAAGAGGAACUAAAAAGACAACCGAAGAUCUUGGUGAUGCACUAAAUGGACUACAUGCAGCUGCCGGAGCUGAACUUCUGGAGCAGAAGAGCAGGCAGGAGGUCGAAGGAUCCUCGUCAUCAAGACCCUCCGCAGAAGUAGAACAAGACGACGAGCAGGAGGUAGACGACUAUUUUCUUCUGGACGACGGGUGGUGCACUCUGGACAGCGAGGACCUGUUCUCCGACGACGAGGAACUGCUCGCGGAAUGGAGUUGGAUGUAAAAAGAGUGUCGCGUCUUUGUCCAGGACCACUCUAGUAGAGCGAUCGUGAAGGACACGUGCAUAAACAUAAUCCUCGCGCUGCUGUGGAGAGAUUCGUCUUCGGCCCCCCGACCAUCGAAAGAAAAACAAAUACUUGUGUCAUGAUGCGAGGAUAAUUGGGUUUACUAUAAUUCGCAGAAAAUUAGUAUGCAGAUGAAGAUCAUGUACGAUGACUCUAACUUCUAUCAGAAUAGGUUAGCUUUAUUUGUUUAGCGAGCACCUAUUUUCUGUUGGAUGAAUGCCGCAGGUACACCAGCACUGUAUAAUUAUUCAUUGUUUCAGCCAAUAGGAAUAGCUCAGUCUCACAUUGGAUUUCUUGAUUUAGCAUCCAAAAUAACUACGCCUGGCGAAAGAAGAAGUAAAACAACAAAAUGAGAAGGGAUACAACCUCCAAAGAGACUUCUGCCUGGUAAAGACCAUAAAAUUAGUUGCCUUUCCUCAACUAUUGUACAAAGCUGUUUUUGUUUAUAUGGCACUCGUUUAUUUGAAUUUCAAUUGAUUUUUCGACAGCGUUUCGUGUUUUGUUUCAUGAUAAAUCAAAGUCUAUCUCUAUCCCCCGGAAGAUGCAACUGGUGAUAUGAAUUUUCGAUCGCAAAUAUUGGCAUUCCUCUUGGUCUUGUCUUGUUACGUAAUGCACACGCAGAGAACCUACCAAAAGCAGGAGAAUAAGUUUCAUCAUCCGACGGGACGACCACGUGAUCUUCCG